AGCCCCAGUCCCAGGACCACCAUAGAAGCUACCGCAGUAUGAACCGAGCUUUCAACAGGAGAAAAGGUAACAGCUCACUGUAUUCAUUGAGUGCAUCUGAAAGGGCACCAUGUUUCCUAUGCCUACACAGCCCUGUCUUUUGAAAGUAUGUUGACCUAAAGUCAGGUUGACCUCAAGUACUUAACCACUGGGUAAGACCUGGUUGAAUCAAUGUUGUUUCAAUGUCAUUUAAAUAAAAUUCAAUGUGAUGACGUUGAAUCAAAGUGGAAAACUGCCUUUGCAAAAAGAAAUCAACGUAAGGGAAUUUCAUAUUUUUUUUGUCCAACUUUUAACCUAAAUCCAGUCUGAAUUUUUGGGGUUGAUUUCACGUUGAAAUUAGGUCUGUGUCCAGCGGGUGGAGACAUUUCAUGUUGUAGUUCUUUAUGCAAUUUAAGGGUUAAUCACAGAACAUAAAGUAGAGGCAAUUUGUACCUACCUACAAUUUCAUUCCUGAUUAACAAAUGUCUCAAUCCUCUCAUCUCUUCAUUAGUAUCUCUUUCUCUUUCUCUGGUCGUGCCUACACUUGACACUUACAUGCGACUUCUGCUAUCAGAAUACGAAGCUCACAUUGAAAAGAAGGGUCGAGAUGCACAAAAAUUGCUUUGUGGUCUGAUUGUGUUCAGAUCUGUCUGACCACUUCAGGAGGUGGUCAGGGAUGCAUUAUGUGCAGAUUUCUCCUCAGUCUGGACGCAAUCAGGCUACCGAAAGCGCAUAGAGUGGGCGACAUCAUCAGCACUCCUCCCACAAAUCUCCAGAAAACGCGUGUUUAAAUGUAGACGCAUGACGUGUUCGGAAUUCCAUGAUCAGAAUACAAAAGCUGCAUGAACUGUCAAGUCUAGACACGACCUCUCUCUCUCUCUCUCUCUCUCUCUCUCUCUCUCUCUCUCUCUCUCUCUCUCUCUCUCUCUCUCUCUCGCUCUCUCUCGCUCUCUCUCUCUCUCUAGGCAUGGCUGGAUACAUCUGUCAGUGGGCUGAUACAGGUGUCUCUGACCUGAUGUUUUAUCAGACUAGUGACUUUCCUCCUUUCCUAAUAUGCAUGCAUAUAUGCCGCCUCUGGCCUCCGAUGCUCCACAAUUACCACACCACCAACGUCUGCCCAGAGUUUAUCUCACUUAGUAGACGCAGCAGUAGCUGGGUUUGGUGGUCUGAAUAUUUCAUUAGGAUGCUGUGAGGAACAUUAUAUUCUGUUGUGUCAACCCCACUCUACAAAUGCCCCCUCACUUUCCUGCUACUGCUUUUAAACAUGCAUAAUAAUGUGUAUGUACUGGAUCAUAAAGCAGUCUCUACCCAUCCAUCCAGUUAGUACUCACCCCCAUUGUGUUGACAGUAUUUCCAGGAUUAGUUAGCAGACACAUUGUUACUCUCCCACAGUCUCAUUUUAUGUUACACGCUUUUGUUUUCUUUUAUUGUUCAUUUUUUCCAUUUGUGAUGUCUCCUAUCUACAUCUCAGAGACGGAUUUACAUGUAGACCAUCUGAUGCCACUAUAGGCCCUGGUCAAAAGUUGUGCACUAUAUAGGGAAUAGGGUCUCAUUUGGGACGCUGUGUCUUUACAGCCUUUUCUGUUGGUCGUAAAAUGUAGAGACACAUUGGCACUGAAUGUGAUUUAAUUAAGGUGAAUGAAAAAAAGAUAGUAUUUUCUGAGAACUAUUCAUUAGGAGUGGCUGUUCAAUCCAUAUCUGGCAGUUAGUGUGUGUUAUCAGCGUCAAAGUGAGAUAGUUAGGAUCCAUGGAGCUGUGGGCUAUCCUCCAGAAACACACAUACUGGACGUCUUUUCUCUAUCUCUGAACCACAAACACCACUCUCUGGCUUCCCCAUUAUGUUAAUUUGCAUUACAUUAAUGAACAUUCCAGAUCAACUUCCAGACCCCCCCCCCCCCCCCCCCCCCCCAAAAUACUAUCUUAUGCAUCCCUCUAUAUGGAGGUUACACUAAUACUACCUGAUGUAUCCCUCUAUAUGGAGGUUACACUAAUACUACCUGAUGCAUCCCUCUAUAUGGAGGUUACAUUAAUACUACCUGAUGUAUCCCUCUAUAUGGAGGUUACACUAAUACUACCUGAUGUAUCCCUCUAUAUGGAGGUUACACUAACACUACCUGAUGUGUCCCUCUAUAUGGAGGUUACACUAAUACUACCUGAUGUCUCCCUCUAUAUGGAGGUUACACUAAUACUACCUGAUGUCUCCCUCUAUAUGGAGGUUACACUAAUACUACCUGAUGUAUCCCUCUAUAUGGAGGUUACACUAAUACUACCUGAUGUAUCCCUCUAUAUGGAGGUUACACUAAUACUACCUGAUGUGUCCCUCUAUAUGGAGGUUACACUAAUACUACCUGAUGUAUCCCUCUAUAUGGAGGUUACACUAAUACUACCUGAUGUGUCCCUCUAUAUGGAGGUUACAUUAAUACUACCUGAUGUAUCCCUCUAUAUGGAGGUUACACUAAUACUACCUGAUGUGUCCCUCUAUAUGGAGGUUACACUAAUACUACCUGGAGGUUACACUAAUAUAACCCGAUGUUCCCUCUAUAUGGAGUUACACUAUCCUACCUGAUGUUUCCCCUCUAUUAGGAGGUUACACUCAUAUACCCUGAUGUAUCCCUCUAUAUGGAGGUUACACUAACUACUACCUGACUGUAUCCCUCUAUAUGGAGGUUACACGAAUACUAUACCCUUGAUGUAUCCCCUAUAUAUGGAGGUUACAACUAAUACUACCAUGAUGUUGCCCUCUCAUAUGGAGGUUACAUUAAUAUACCUGAUGUAUCCCUCUAUAUGGAGGUUACACUAAUAACUACCGUGAUGUGUCCCUCUUAUGGAGGUUACACCUAAUACUACCUGAUGUAUCCCUCUAUAUGGAGGUUACACUAAUACUACCAUGAUGUGUUCCCUCUAUAUGGAGGUUACACUAUACUACCUGAUGUAUCCCUCUAUAGGGAGGUUACACUAAUACUACCUGAUGUAUCCCUCUAUUAUUGGAGGUGUUACACUAAUACGACCUGAUGUGUCCCUCUAUAUGGAGUUUACAACCUAAUACUACCUUGAUGUGUCCCUCUAUAUGGAGGUUACCACUAAUACUACCUGAUGUAUCCCUCUAUAUGGAGGUUACACUAAUACUACCUGAUGUAUCCCUCUAUAUGGAGGUUACACUAAUACUACCUGAUGUAUCCCUCUAUAUGGAGGUUACACUAAUACUACCUGAUGUAUCCCUCUAUAUGGAGGUUACACUAAUACUACCUGAUGUAUCCCUCUAUAUGGAGGUUACACUAAUACUACCUGAUGUGUCCCUCUAUAUGGAGGUUACACUAAUACUACCUGAUGUCUCCCUCUAUAUGGAGGUUACACUAAUACUACCUGAUGUAUCCCUCCUAUAUGGACAUCAUGGGAAAAUCUAAAGAAAUCAGCCAAGACCUCAGAAAUAGAAUUGUAGACCUCCACAAGUCUGGUUCAUCCUUGUGAGCAAUUUCCAAAUGCCUGAAGGUACCACUUUCAUCUGUACAAACAAUAGUAUGCAAGUAUAAACACCAUGGGACUACGCAGCCGUCAUACCGCUCAGGAAGGAGACGCGUUCUGUCUCCUAGAGAUGAACGUACUUUGGUUCAAAAAGUGCAAAUCAAUCCCAGAACAACAGCAAAGGAUCUUGUGAAGAUGCUGGAGGAAAAAGGUACAGAAGUAUCUAUAUCCACAGUAAAACGAGUCCUAUAUCGACGUAACCUGAAAGGCCGCUCAGCAAGGAAGAAACCACUGCUCCAAAACCGCCAUAAAAAAGCUAGACUACGGUUUGCAACUGUACAUGGGGACAAAGAUCUUACUUUUUGGAGAAAUGUACUCUGGUCUGAUGAAACAAAAAUAGAACUGUUUGGCCAUAAUGACCAGAGUUAUGUUUGGAGGAAAAAGGGGGCUGCUUUCAAGCCGAAGAACACCAUUCCAACCGUGAAGCACGGGGGUGGCAUCAUCAUGCUGUAGGGGUGCUUUGCUGCAGGAGGGACUAGUGCACUUCACAAAAUAGAUGGCAUCAUGAGGAAGGAAAAUUAUGUGGAUAUAUUGAAGCAACAUCUCAAGACAUCAGUCAGGAAGUUAAAGCUUGGUCGCAAAUGGGUCUUCCAAAUGGACAGUGACCCCAAGCAUACUUCCAAAGUUGUGGCAAAAUGGCUUAAGGACAACAAAGUCAAGGUACUGGAGUGGCCAUCACAAAGCCCUGACCUCAAUCCUAUAGAAAAUCUGUGGGCAGAACUAAAAAAGCGUGUGCGAGCAAGGAGGCCUACAAACCUGACUCAAUUACACCAGCUCUGUCAGAAGGAAUGGGCCAAAUUUCACCCAACUUAUCGUGGGAAGCUUGUGGAAGGCUACCCGAAACGUUUGACCCAAGUUAAACAAUUUAAAGGCAAUGCUACCAAAUACUAAUUGAGUGUAUGUAAACUUCUGACCCACUGGACUGUGAUGAAAGAAAUAAAAGCUGAAAUAAAUCAUUCUCUCUACUAUUAUUCUGACAUUUCACAUUCUUAAAAUAAAGUGGUGAUCCUAACUGACCUAAAACAGGGAAGUUUUACUAGGAUUAAAUGUCAGGAAUUGUGAAAAACUGAGUUUAACUGUAUUUGGCUAAGGUGUAUGUAAACUUCCGACUUCAACUGUAUGUGUAUGUAUGUAUGUAUGUAUGCAUGUAUAUGUGUGUAUAUAUUUAUAUAUAUAUAUAUGUGUGUGUGUGUGUGUGUGUGUGUAUAUGUGUGUGUGUGUAUGUAUAUGUGUAUAUAUGUGUAUGUAUAUAUGUGUAUGUAUGCGAGAGAAAAAAAACAUAUGGGGGAUUGGAAGUGAUGCAGACAAUUACAUUGAUAGAAGUUACAAUCUAUCUGCACUAUUAAUGCUGAUCUACCCCCCCCCCAAAAAAAAAAAAAAAAAAAAAAAUACUACCUGAUGUAUCCCUCUACAUGGAGGUAAAAUCUGUAUUCUCUCUCUGGGUGACCUUUCAGUAAUCCCCAUGGUUCUGUAUGGAAUAUGGAAGGAAGACUUGAGCACAUGGGGAGCAAUGGCCUUUGAGAUGGGAACUCAACUCAGUGGGACCACUGGUCUAAUGCCAAUGCUAAAAAUGGCUAUGUUUAUGCUUACCUGUUAUGUGAAGGUUAACAUAGAGAUAGGACUAAUCAUUGAUGACAUGUUGAUAACUCCUGAUACAAGAUACUAGUUCCUCUUCUUGUUGGUGCUUUAAUGAAGAUUAACAGAAUCACAGCAAAUGCAUCAUUGGGUUUCGAUUGUCAAUGUUACCUAUAUUUAUAUAAUUUAUUGUUUGUUGUACCAUCACUUUGUUUAUCUAAUUAUGUAGCUUGUAGAUGCUGCAGACACUUUCUGGGGGAGAGGAACCCGGUGCAGAGCUGUUCUAAUCCUGUAUCUGUUUUAAGGCUUGGAUGGCAAAGCAUGUUUAAAACUGAAACAAAUAUGUUACUUUUUUUUCUGUGUCAAAUUUCAAUACAUUUAUGUAUGGUUUUAACCUUAAUUCAUUUGUUGUUUGUUUCAGAUAAAUCUGGAGGGAUGACACCCCCUGAGGCUUUGGCCAAGAAUUACAUAGCGUACAAUGUCAAGGUAGGAUCUUCUAAUUAAACUUCCGCCUGCGUUGAGCUCACAGAGGUGAAGAGCACCAUCUGCUGGACAGAAAAUGAUGUGCCGUUUUAUCCUGUUGCAGUUCCUUGGAGUAACAGAGGUUGACCAACCAAAAGGCACAGAUGUCGUAAGGGUGGCUGUGAGAAAGCUAAAGGUAUGUUCCUAAGACAUUCCCACAGUACUCAAACAAUUCUAUGAUUUUUAUAAGACCUUAGAUUUGUCAAUUUCAUAACGUACUGUAUGACGUUUCAAUCCUGCAGUUCCAAAGGCAUAUCAAGAAGUCAGAGGGACACAAAACACCGAAGGUGGAGCUGCAGGUAUCCAUCUACGGAGUGAAAUUAUUAGACCCCAAGACCAGAGUAAGUCCACUGUGAAGACGUUCAACUAAGGUCCUUAUAAUAGGCCAGAACCUUUGGGUCAUUUGUAAAGAAUAAACUCACCAAGCAGUCAGCCCUUACUAAACCUGUCCCUGUCUUUGUCUUAAUGUUUUUCUUUAUUAGUAGCAUUAGAUAUAGCUCAUUUAUCUUCAUUCAUUUUAGGAUGUGCAGCACAACUGUCAGCUUCAUAGGAUAUCCUUCUGCGCGGACGACAAAACAGACAAGAGGAUAUUCACCUUCAUCUGCACAGAGCCAGAGACCAAAAAACACAUAUGUUAUGUGUUCGACAGUGAAAAAUGUGUAAGAAAGAAAAUAUAAUUUAGUGUUUGUGUAUUUCAUUUGUUUUAUAUGGAUUCUUUAGAGGUUAUAAUAACCUUAUAUGAACCUUAGAUGUAAAUGUAUCAAACGUUAGUCCAUAGUAUGAGGUCACUGUGGUUUGGUAGCACUAAUGAAUUUAUCCUAACUAGUUGUUUCAGGUUUAAAGAGAUGUUAGAGGUUUUGUAUACCUUUAAGCUAGUAGUUCUGAAAAUAGCGGUCAAGAGCGAAAAAGGGUCCCCGAAAACUGUGUACUAUGUUAUAUAUGUGCAACACGUCAAAGGGUACAUUCACUAGAUGUUUAAGGAUACCCAUGAUGCACUGGAUUGCAGGCAGAGGAGAUCACCUUCAGCAUUGGUCGAGCCUUUGACCUGGCAUACAGGAAGUUCCUGGAGUCUGGCGGGAAAGACGUGGAGGUGAGGAAACAGAUCAUCAGUCUGCAGAAAAGAGUAAGUCUGCGUUCCUUUUACAGUGUACUACUUUAGAUCAGAGCCCCACGGUGCACUAUUGAAUCAUGGGGAAUGUAGUGCCACAUCCUGAGAUAACUAGUGCAUGAAAAAUGCAUGACAAAAUGUGACCUCUUCGAUCAUGCUCUUGACUUGUGUUUGUUGACUUUAGAUUCUGGAACUGGAAACUGAAAAUUCCAAGUUGAAAGAUCGACUUCAAGAUCUAGAGGAUCACAUGGCAGAUUGUCAAGGCUCGCCGGUAAAUUGGAGGAUUAGCUACUAAUCCAACAGUCUCCAUGCUUGUUCUGUUUCUGUAUCACACUAAGCCCUAGAAAUGUCCGCCUUAACAAUAGCUUACCUUACUUUCUGACAUCAGUGAUAACAAAUCUCUACCCCUGUUUCUUCUUUCUCUGGCUGAUUUCUCCUCAGCUUUUGCAUUUGAACUCUUCUAAUGAGGCCCACAUGCUGCCGAGUCCCUCGUCUAUGUUCUGGGGUGACAGUGUCAGCCUGAACGCCCUUUCCUUUCUAGAGAUGUCCUCUGUGGCUCUAACCCCAGCCAGCUCUCCAGACUCCAGCAUCUCCGCUGGUCUACUAACCCCUCCACCCACUAAACCUGCCCAGCCCAGGCUACCGCUGCAUAAUGGAUGCUGCUUACCUCGCCCGCGAGUAAAUAACUACCUCUCUCUCUUUUUGCUUUUCCUUACUACAGUACACUGCUAGAAGAAAUUGUGCUAUAUAGAAGCAAAAGGGUUCUAUGGCUCACUUCAUAUACAAAGGUUAUAUAGAAUCACAGAAGCGCCCUUAUUUUUAGAAAGUGUAGAACGUAGGUCUAUGUCUCUCUUUCCCUCGCUUUAUCUGUAACUCUUUGUCUUUGUCUCUCUGUCUCUCUCUCUCUGUCUCUCUCUCUCGGUCUCUCUCUGCGUGUGUUUGGUGUUGGUUUUAUAACUGUAGCCUUAGUAUAACAUUCAGCUGCCAUUCAACAUCUUUGUAUUUCGUUGUUCUCUCCCCUCAGGCAUGGAGCACCAUAUCCAGACCUCCCCCCACGGACGUUUUCGACAUGGUUCCAUUCUCCUCAGGGUCUCCUAUGGCAAGGAAACCUGCCAUCAAUGGGUCCUCUCCUCCUCCUCCUCCCUCCUUUUCCCCUCCUCCACCUCCUCCACAUGUUUCCCUGAAAGAGAGAGGUGACUACUCUGCUGCACUACACUCCUUUUUACAUUAUGUCGUAAUGAAAUUGAUUGAUAAACUGCUGUAUUGGUAUUUAUGCAAUUACAUACAAGUUGCUCAAUUAACAAUUGCACACAUACAGUAUGCUGAUUCAACUCCUGUCUUCUCUCGCUCCCUCAUCCUUCCAUCUCUCCCCUCCAUCAGGAACAGAUAUUUUUGGGGCGGAGUCUUUUGAUCCGUUCGUCUGCAACACAACAGCCUUUCCUCCUGACGUCCAAUCUAAGCUGGAUGAAAUGCAGGUGUGUACAUUCACUGUAGGAACAGCAGUGUUUCUUGAGCUAGGCUUUGUAAUGCUCAUAUAUUUACGUUAAUAAGAGGCAUAUUACUUAUAACGUCAAAGUACACAGGCAUAUUAUGUGCUCAGUCAAUGGUGUAAAUAAUAGCAUUGCCUCUGAACAAAUAUAGAGCACUCUACCAUUAUGCUGAUUUAGAUCAAAUACUGUAUACUCUGGCUGGGAUCCAAUCGACAUGGAUUCUGCCUUUUAGAAUGGGGCACAGCCUUUGUUUCUCUGGUCAUCAGUAGUAGGAGUCUCUCAGAACAGUGAUGACGAAUUUAUAGUUGAUCUUACUACCAUCCCUUAAUAGCAUAUAUUAAGUAUAUAAUCUAACUAGAUAAUGAACCUACAGUUAAUCUAGCUACAUAUUAUAAUCUAACUAGAUUAUAACCUACUCUAACCUACAGUAUAUAAUCUUAUUCUCUCCCUCUCUCUCUUCACUGUGCAGCGUCAGCGACGGUUAGUUUACUCUCACCUAUAUGUAUGCAUCUGGAUGCUUCACAAUCCACAAUGCCCAUCACAUCUUUUUUCCCAUUAAAAAUGCAUUCACAUUUUCACUGAGGUCUGCCUCUGUUUGAAUGUUUGCAUCACUCACGAAAAUCUAUGAUGUACAUACAGGCCAACUGUCAUACAUACAGUAUGAUUGUAGCCUACCAUGUUUGCUACCAGCCUGCUGGUGCUAGCCCUGCUAAUUUCCUAUCAAUUAGCCAUCAUUUUGAUUUUGUCAUAAUAUAGAUGAAGUAUAGUCCUGAAUUGAAAAGCAAGGUUUAUUGAGAAUCUCAAUUGAGAUUGUGUCUGGGAAACUGCCCCGUAAUUACAGUGUUAUUCAUCAUUAUAUAGGACACACUGCUCUAGACUUCUGUAGUCUCUGGUUGGAUCACUGACCUGUAUGUUCAUUUAUUUGUUGUGUGUGUUUCUGAAGGAGGGGUUCAAUAUGGGACUAACCCUGGAGGGCACCAUCUUCUCUCUGGACCCAGUGGACAGUCGCAGC